CUAUAAACUUAACCCAAAAAUCAAACUAUAGAAGGACAUACCUGUUAUACACAAUACAUAUUUUAUAAAUUUAUGCUCUUUAAUGUGUAGAAGCUGCAAUAUGCCGAACAUCUUGCAAGCAGUAGGCCUAAGCUUAAUACUUAUAGCGCAUUAUGUUCGAUCCGAUGGACCAGUCGUGGAAACAAAACUCGGAACUGUGACUGGAAUUCAAUAUUCAUUCGUAUUCAAUGGAGUUCCCUACAAUGUUUCAAGGUACCUUGGAUUACCUUUUGCCAAACCCCCAGUCGGAAACUUGCGCUUCCAGAAACCAGCACCAUACGGAAACUUUACAAACAACACUUUCCAGGCAAAGAGCUUUGGACAUUCAUGUCUCCAGUACGACCCGAUGGGAACUGAACCCGACCAAAGCGAAGAUUGUUUGUUCCUUAAUGUUUUUGUUCCUGAACAGACCCCUGAUACCUCUUCCAGACAUGCUGUGAUGAUCUUCGUUCAUGGCGGGGGACUUACAACUGGAAGUGCGAAACAAUAUCCGGCGGAUACUCUCGCAUCUGUUGGAAAUGUCAUUGUGGUUACCAUCAAUUACAGACUUUGGUUGUUUGGAUUUCUUGAUAUGGAUACGCCUAGUGCACCGGGAAACAUGGGUCACUGGGAUCAACAUAUGGCCUUUAAAUGGGUCAGCGAUAACAUUCACUCGUUUGGUGGUGACCCGGAAAGGAUCACAAUCUUUGGGCAAUCCGCUGGGUCAACAAGUGUGAUUCUCCAAUCUAUGUAUCCUGAAAAUCAUAUGCUUUUUCGAGGGGUGAUCACUGAAAGUGGAACAAUCUCUUUAUUAGCCCAACUAAUGAGAUCUGAAAAUAUAAACCUGGCAAUGUUAAUGGCAGAAAAAUUGAAAUGCAAUACAACGAGUAUGAAAUCAAAAGAAAACAUACUAAAAUGUUUUCAAGAAACGAGCGCAGAGAAAUUUGUAGAAACACUAGCUAAAACUUUAAUAAACUCUCCAAUGGAAGGACGCGAUUUAUAUUAUUUUUUUACCACAAUUGACGGAGAAUUCCUGAAAAGAAACCCACUGGAACUGAUCAAAGAUACUGAUGGUUUGUCAAAUGAGGUGCAGUUUUUACGGUCAUUAAAUUUGAUAAACGGAUUCAACAGUGACGAAGGGUCUCUUUGGGUAAUGGGUCUUCCGGGUGGAUUUGAAGACACAUUUAACAUUUCGCGUGAAAGUAUGAAUUCUGUUCAUAUUCCAAGUAUGUAUCCAAUAAUUUUCGGGCCGGACACCGAGAUACCGGAUGUUGUAAAGGGUGUUAUCGCUCAAGAAUAUACAGACUGGAGAGCACCGGACGAUCCAGUUUAUUUGUUACAUCAGUUUUCAAAAAUGAACGGUGAUAUUUAUAUAGGAGUUCCUGCCAUAGAGUACUCAAGGCUCCAUGCCAAUAGCACAAAUACCAGCAGCUAUCUUUACUAUUUCGAAGCAGUCCUGAAUGGACAUGCUACUGCGUCGCCACGCUGGGUAGAAUUUUCCGCCCACGGAGACGAGCUUGCUCCGUUGUUUGGCUUCCAGUUUCCAAAGCGUGCUAAGAAUAUGACCGUGAUUCCACCAGAAGGCUGGGAAAAGGAACUGUCUGAGAGAUUGAUAGGUUACUGGACAGCUUUUGCAAAAUAUGGGAACCCAAACGGACAACGUGGGGAAACUUGGCCAACCUACGAUAUCACAGAUCAGAAAUACAUGAAAAUAGAUAGGACUGACAAUGUUGGUAAAUAUCUAUAUGCACGAGAAACAGACUUUUGGCGGGAAUUGAUACCUUCGAUCAUAAGGUCCGCGGUAGAAUGCUCCGAUUCAGGACCUGUCUCGUCAGCAAGUACCCGAACAGUUGAACUGUUAAACAUAAUCUUUGUAUAUGCAUGCGCAUUGAUGGCAGUAUAAACUUUCUCGAAAGGGCCUCAUUCCAAUGUGCUCGGUUGAAAAAAAUAUUUUCAUCAUUUAGACAUAAAUGGAUAUAAAAUACACGAAGUAAUAAAACAGGUUGGGAAAGCCAAGCAGUUUGAAUUUCACAUACGAAUCCUGAAGAGUGUGGACUUUGAUCUUUAUUUCAGACUGUUUACACUUCUUUCACAUUACAUGAUUUUUAUACUUUACAGGGAUACUGCAAUAUCUCUUCGAGUUUAAAGGCUCAUAAUGUUUUUGUUUAAAAUGUGUCAGCCACAUUUUCUCUUAUGAACACAAAAUACAUUAAUUUCUUGUUAAAUCCUAUUUGUUAUAAUUAGUUUCUGUAACAUUUGGCAAAGGUUUGAAUAUUGCUGCAUAUACUAGAAUGUUUUAUUGAAUCUAUUGUUUUUAUUACCUCCCUCUAUGGAUCUAGCUAUAACAGUUUAUGUGCAGUAUUGAAAGUAGUGUUUUUCUAUUAAUGUAAUUUCGCAUAACAUCUUUUUGGAAAGCUGGUUCAUCUGUUUUUAAGAUGAAAAUUUAAAGCAUUAUGAACCUUUAACCAAAUACUACUUACAGAUUUGAAUAAAAUUUUGAAAGGACUUCAUUCCUCAACACACACAAAAAACUUAGAGCGAAUCGUUGUCUGUUUUUGCUUGGUCAUUUUGGGUAUAUAUGUAUAUCUACCCAUUAUCUCGCUAAAAUUGUAUCAUUUUUCGUAGUCCAUAGUUGUUGCUUUAAUUUGUGACAUUACAUAAACUUUUCUUUAAUGUCAGUACAACCUUUCCAGCUGUUGAAGUAGAGGAAUAGCCCUGGUACCCCUAAGUACGGACAUGUAUAUGGGUAUAAUGUCGACCUUCCACGGGCUAACGGCAGAACGCUUCCAUUCUAUAUCUAAAGCGGUGUUUCAAAGAUCGCAAUUAUCUGGUUAAUUAUCGUCACAAAGAUCUGCACAAACUUUGAUGAAAAAUAAGUGUGUGCCUUAUUUAAAAUGAUGAGACAGGGAUAUAAAAGGUUUAAGUUAAAAACAAAUAUAACUAAAACCCUUCGCUGAACCAUCUAUAUCUUAAACUGCAUGGUUACAUGAUGUUGGACUAAAUAAGAUAUCUGAAUUCGAAAAGAAUUGGUUUCAAGUUACCGAAACGAUAGAUGAGUUAUCUAAUAUUAACAGCAGAAUUUAAGAAAAACAUUUAUGGUAAAAUAUUUCCUAACCUGCCAAAAUAUUAUCUUUUAUAAUACUAAAAUACUAAAUAAAGUAAGUACUUGUUAUUUCCGAUGUUAUAUAAUAGAGCUAACCAUAAUUGUCUACUAAAAAUUAUUGAAAUCGAUGUGAUUUUUCAUUA